AUGAGCCCAAAUCUCUGGCGCUAUCUUCUCGAAGACGAUGUCGAUUCAUUUCGACAGUACCUGGCGAACGCCACCGUCGCCGCCACUGUGCCAAAAGCUUUUGCAGCUGGACAAGGAGGGUAUUCCACAUUGAAAGCUGGCAGUCCAGGUAGUCUCGCCAUUUCGCCCAAGACACCUCUCAAAGCGCGAAAGAGUUCCGGAUACGCUCCCUCAAGCGCAGGUGCCGGCAAGGUCGGUGGUGUCAUUGUUACGCGGGCGGAACUGAACUCGAAAGACAACUUCGGUAGGACGUUGCUGCAUCAUGCUGCAUCUAUACAGUCCCAACAUUCAUUGCCGUUUGUAAAGGCACUGCUGGAGUUGCCACUCAUCGAUCUCUACGCACAAGACACGGAAUCGGGAUGGACUGCAUUGCACCGGGCCUUGUACUUUGGCAACAUUUCUGUAGCCCAGGCCCUGAUGGCUCGCGAUAUUCAGGAUGCGACUGACUACACCACCAAUACCGCACGUACUCAUGCCGGCGGUCUGGUCAAGAUCAAAGACCACGAGGGCAACAGUCCCUUCGAAGUCUUUGGCCUAACCAUUGCUCCUCGUCGGCUUCAAGAAGAAUCCUCAACCCUGCCAGCCGGGAUUGAUGACAAUGAAAGUGUCAUCAGCAUGGACUACAAUGACGCUCAAGAUCAUGAGCGACACAGACCUCAUGUGCAUCCUCAGGUCAGUCUGGAUGGAGAUGAAGUCUACGCCUUUGGUAGCAACAAGAAUCUUUCGUUAGGCGUCGGAGACGGCGACGAUCGACAGUUCCCUGAGCGACUACAUUUCUCAAGGCCUGAUCACUUACUUCGCCGCUUGCUUGACGAUCACCAAGCGACAAGGCAAGGAUCCGUUGCUGAUGACGACCUGACAAGUAGCAUAGGGCACCUUCGUUCCCAAGAAGGUCUCCCUGCUAUAGUUCGUUACAAGCCUAUCACCAUUCAGAAUGUGGUCAUGUCUAAACUACACACUGCAGUUCUGACCACUGACCCGAUCUCCAACCUCUACAUGUGCGGAUUCGGGGCAGGGGGUCGUUUGGGUACAGGGGACGAGAACACCUCGUUCACCUACAAGUGCAUCCAGGCUGGGGGUCUGUCCAAGAGACAUGUCUCCGCAGUAGCUCUUGGCCAGGACCACACUGUGGCUGUUUGCUCCCAAGGCGAAGUCUAUACCUGGGGCAGCAACCGACAUGGUCAACUAGGUUAUUCUCUUCCAGAAGUUCCAAAAAAUGAGAUACCGAUGCAAUUAACUCCGCGCCAAGUAUACGGUUAUAUCAAGAAAGAGCUUGUUCUUGGCGCAGCAGCCUCAGCAAUACAUUCGGCAGUUUUCACGUCGACUGCGCUGUACACAUUUGGCAAAAAUGAAGGUCAACUGGGUUUGAUGGAUGCGGAUGCACGAUCACUGGACCUGCAAGACCUCCCUCGCCGCGUUGGCGUCUCCAUUUUGCAAUCUCCGAUACAAUCUGUCAGCGCAAUCGAUCGCGCGACAAUUGUCUUGCUGGCUACGCACGAUGUAAUUGUCUUCACACAUUAUGGCUGGACCAAAGUACUUUUCCCUCUUGAGACGUUCAGUAACUAUUAUCUUCAAGAAAAUACUGCCACCAGGCUCAACGUGGAGACGAAUUAUAUCAAACAGAUUACUGGAGGUGGCAAUACGAUCUGUGCCAUGUCCUCUUUUGGUGAAGUUUACUCUAUUGAUGUGCCAAAGGUCUCGGAGAACGUUCCGUCUAAUACUUCAACAACGAAUCCGACAAAGGCUCGUAACGCCCUGGCGCCACCAACACGGCUGUGGUCCAUUCGGAAAUCGCAUAUGUCGGCUAUCGACGUCGCCGUUGGCCAGGAUGGUUCAAUAGUCUUGUGUACCGCCUCUGGUUCGGUUUGGCGAAAGGAGAAGCGAGCAAAUAUAAAAUCGGUUCGAGAAAAACAUACGGGACUUGCGAGAACAAAAGAUUACAAAUUUGUCCGGGUUCCCAACUUGACUCGCGCAAUUGCUGUAAGGAGCAAUGCUUUCGGAGCCUUUAUGGCAAUACGGAAAGACUGUGCGGUUACACGCGAGCAGAUUGUAUUGGACCCGCCAUCUUUGUGGGACGAUAUAUUUCCACUGUUGGUGUUCGCUCGGUAUGGGGAAUCACAAGGCGAUUCCGUUCACUCGGCUUCAAUCCGAUCGGCGCUCAUUACUCAGGCCAAUGCCGAACAAGAUAUAUUGAACAUCUGCAAACGUCACGACCCGUUAUUGCCUGACAGUCAAUUCAACCUCUGGAUAACAUCCAACACGACGGAUGUGCGCAUUCCCACUCACGGGUUCAUCCUCAAAGCACGCAGCCGAGUCUUGCGUAGUGCAUUGACAGAAUUUCAGGAGACUUACUACUAUACUAUUCCUGAUGUUUUGUCAAUCGAGUAUGGCCCCGAUGGGCAAAUUCAGCUCAUCUUUCACGGUGCUGACUUCUUGACGAUCGCCAACCUCGUUUUGUAUUUCUACACCGAGAACAUCGCAGAUGUGUGGCACUAUACCUCCAAAGCUUUGCAAUCUGCUGCCCGCUACCGAUUAGUUCGACUCGAGCUGAUGAAGAUAGCAAGCCAUCUUGAGCUCAGACACCUUGAGCGCGCAGUCAGAAUUAUGACCGAGCCUCCACGGACUUUGAACAACGACAUGGAAGUCGCUGUGCUUGACGUUGAGUUCUUCUCUGACGCAGACGUGCUUGUUGAACUCGCAGGGGGUAUAGCGCUGCCAGCACACAGCGUGCUCUUAUGCUCCCGAUGCCCCUUUUUUGAUGGCUUGUUCAAUGGACGAGCCGGGGGGAUGUGGAUGGCUUCCCGACGCCAUGCCGCAGCAGAAGAGUCUGAAGCGGUGAGAGUUGAUCUGAAGCAUAUGAAUGAGAAGACCUUUAGCAUGGUGCUUCGUCAUCUCUACGCAGAUACUGGUGAGGGGCUGUUCGAUGAUGUUGUUACGGACAGCUUGGAUGAAUUCAUCGAUAUCGUUAUCGACGUCAUGUUUGCUGCCAAUGAGCUGAUGAUCGAUCGCCUUGCUCAAGUAUGUCAACGAGUCCUUGGCAAAUUUGUCAAUGUGAGAAACGUCUGCUCUCUGCUGAACACCGUCUCCGAAUGUACAGUCGAUUCUUUUAAACACGCAGCGCUCGAGUACAUCUGCCUCAACCUUGAAAGCAUGCUUGAGAUGAGACUUUUGGACGAGCUGGAUGAAGACCUCUUGACUGAGCUUGAUGAUGUUGUGCAAGCGAACCAGUUGGCUUUCCUGCCCUUUGCACGCAGUGAGCGAGCCGAAGAAGAACUUCUUGAGAACUAUCCCGAGCUUCUUGAGAACAUUGAGCUCUGUCGGCAGCGGAGAAUUGAUUCGAUGAGACUGAGAUCGAGGCUGAGCGAAGAUGAGGAACGCCAUACCUCGGCUACGAAGUUUAGAGUUGGAAGCCUAGACAAGCAGACAUCUUCCUACCAGAAGUCACCCCUCCCAAACCCAGCGGCUGACUCUCCUCUAAGCACUCCGAGCCCCAGUCCGGCCAUUGUUCCAAACGAUGUAGGAGACGAUCUACCCUUCGAUAUGGAUGAUGUCACUCCAGACCUGUUACCAGCAGCGUUGCAGCAGGGAAGGCUACCGCAAGCCAGGUCACCGUCAAUGCCAGCGCAUGCUUCUGUAGGACACAAGUCUGAAGUAGUCGGGCCUCGACACCCUACUACUCCUCGCACUCCUCGAGACGAGUUUGCAAGGUCAAAUCGAGCCCAGCAAGACCAUGUCUCGCCUGUUGUCAGUCCCGGUCUGGCUAUCACAGGUUUUGAUACUCCAAGAACAGCCUGGAAUCUGCCAACGCAAAAUUCUCCCCAUGGCGGUCUGAAAGAUAUCAUGGCACAAGCCUCGGCCUCGCGUGUCUCGAACCUUAUCAACGCCGUCCGUGCAGGUUCGGCGGGUCCGAGAGGCGGUGCGAAAAUGUCUCAGAAAGAACGCAAACGACAACAGCAAAUGCUGAAGGAUGAAGGAGUAAAGACAUCAAGUCUGACUGCGGCUCUGAAGGACCCCAACUCAAAGGUGGCUUCACCGUGGCAGGCAAUUUCCGCGCCUUCGAAGCCUGCCCUUCCACUCGGAGCGGCCAUCCCAGAUCGCGAUGUAGACAUCGGCCGGAUGACUCCUGCAAGACCCGCAAUGACCAUGCGACAGACAGUUGCUGGCAGUGCUUCAACUGGUCAUGGCGCUGAUCAGAGCGCGAAGCGCGGUUCAGGACCACCACGGCUCGCCUCGUCUCCGAAGUCCGCGGCGCCGCAGAUACAGUCGAUCAGACAUACUCCGUUGCCUUCUCGAGCUACCUCAGCUAUUGAUGCUCGGACAUCCAUGACAGAGAUCCUGGCACAGCAACAAUUCGAAAAGGCCGCAGUCAAGGAGGCCGUAGCUAAGAGAUCACUGCAGGAGAUUCAACAAGAGCAAGAGUUUCAAGAAUGGUGGGACAAUGAGAGCCGGCGAGUUCAAGAAGAGGCCCAGAGCCAUAGACCAGCCAGUAACCGCGGCAAAGGUGGCCGCGGACGCGGCGGACCCCGCCGCAGCAGUGAAAAGGGAAAGGCGUCGGCAGAUCCAGAAGCAGGUGGUCGUGACAAGACGGUCUCAGCAAGCUCUUCGACGGUGCGAGGAGAUUCUGGACGAGGACGAGGCAGUGGCAGGGGCGGUGGGCUUGGAAACAAUCAUCCGCGAGGGGCAAGGCAUCAACCAUGCAGACAAAGUACGCUGUAA